AUGGCAGGUUCAAUCCGCAAGCGUGUCAUCGAUCUGACCGCGUCCGACGAUGACUCCCCCUUCACCGGGCCGCAGACGCGCAAGAAUCCCCGACUAGGCGACGUUUCAAUUGGCACCGGCUCAGAUUAUGAUGACGAAUGGGACGAGAGUAUCCUCGACGACGAUGUUGUCGACCCUUCGCAGGAGUACAAUGAUCGCGCCUUCAUUCAGUACAUGCUUUAUGGUACCCUCAACGCCAAAAUCGUUGGUGUGAGAUACUACAACGGCUACGCCACCAUUGGUGAAAUGGUCAUGCUGCGCAGAGAGCCGCACAAUCCAUACGAUGGCAAUGCCAUUCGAGUGCUCAACGUCCAAGAGCAGCAAAUCGGCCAUAUCCCACGGCAAAUAGCUGCAAAGCUUGCCCGCUACAUGGACAACAGAUCCCUGAUCGUAGAGGGGGUGAUCACUGGCCACAAAGACACAUUCGACAUGCCUCUCGCGGUCAAACUAUAUGGGACCAGUGACAUCGUCGAGCGCUACACUCUGGUCAACGAGCUGAAAGCCGAUAGACUUCCCUUGAAUGAGUUCAUGCGAAACGAGAAGGUUGAGCGGGAGAGGAUCAAAGCGGCACAUCUGGCUGCGAAAAAGCAGAAGGCCACCGCACGACAAGGCAAGUCCAAUGAGCAGUGGGCCAACGGCGCGGUACCUGGUUCUUCGCAAGUCGAGGGACAAAGUCUCGAUGCCAUUGUGGGCGAGAGUGAACGCUUCAACCCGCGGAAUGUUGAUCAAAUGGUUGAGAAAUUCGGCGCCCAGGAGGCCGAUCUUCAGAAUCUUCCGAUGGCUAAACAGCCAAUGGAGAUUUCAGCGGAGCUGCUGCCGUACCAGCUGCAAGGCCUGCAAUGGCUGCGGGAUCACGAAAAUCCUCAGCUCCCUGCUGCAGGAUCUGCCGAUGUUGUGCAACUGUGGAGGCGUGCACCGCAGCAGGCAAACGUGUUCACCAACAUCUGCACCAACUACUCGAUCAAGGACACGCUCCCCGAACUAGCUUCCGGCGGCAUCCUGGCCGACGACAUGGGCCUGGGCAAGACUGUCCAAAUCAUUUCUCUGAUCGCGGCGGACCGUGCUUUGCACAGCCAAGAUCGCACUAGCAAUGCUACCUUGAUCCUCGCCCCUCUGAGCGUCAUGAGCAACUGGAGUUCCCAGAUCAAGCGUCACGUUAAGCCGGAGCAUGAACUCCGAGUCUUGACGUACCAUGGCACUCGAAAGAGGCCCAUUGACUCUAAGACAAUCGCCGACUAUGACGUGGUCAUUACCACCUACGAGACAGUCAUGACAGAGUUCUGGGGCAAGAAGGGCAAGAACAAGAACCCGCAAGGCGUCCCCAGAAAGGAUGGCCUGUUCUCUGUUCAUUGGCGCAGACUUGUGCUUGAUGAAGGCCACAGCAUCCGGAACCCUGCGUCAAAGAAAGCCGUUGCUGCUACUAACCUGCUCGCGCGCUCAAGAUGGGUGCUUACGGGAACGCCAAUCAUCAACACUCUGAAAGACCUGUACUCCUUGGCCAAGUUCAUCCGUCUCUCGGGUGGUUUAGACCGGUUCGAGCUUUUCAACGGCGCCCUGAUUCGGCCUGUCAACCAAGGAGACGAACGUGGCAGCUUCUUGCUGCAGAUGUUGAUGAGUAGUAUCUGCCUCAGGAGGAGAAAAGAUAUGCCAUUCAUCGACCUUCGUUUGCCAGAGCUAUCGGAAUACGUCCACCGUAUCAAAUUCUUGCCUCACGAGCAGGAGAAAUACGAUGCUUUGGAAGCCCAAGCAAAGGGGACACUCGACCGAUACCGUCAAAGUCUCGCAGGCAACGACUCCGCGAAGACCUAUCGCCACCUCCUCGAGAUUCUCCUGCGGCUCCGCCAGGUAUGCAACCACUGGAAGCUCUGCGGCGAAGAGCGGAUUUCCGGGCUCAUGGAAAUGCUCUCGGAGCAAAAGACCGUUGACCUCACGCCCGAGAACUGCGCCGCGCUCCAAGCCAUGCUCCAGCUGAGCAUCGAGUCGCAAGAGGACUGCCCCAUCUGCCUGGAGCCGCUCCACGACGCCGUCAUCACCUGCUGCGCGCACGCCUUCGGCUACAGCUGCAUCGAGCGCGCCAUCGAGGGCCAGCACAAGUGCCCCAUGUGCCGCGCCGAGCUCCCCAGCACAGGCUCGCUCGUGCGGCCGCCCAAGGAGGCGGCGGCCGCCCCUCCCGCGCCCGCCGACGCCGACGCCGACGCCGACGCGAACAGCUCCAAGAUCGAGGCGCUGCUCAAGAUCCUCAAGGCCACGGCGUCCAAGGACGCGGGCAUCAAGACCAUCGUCUUCAGCCAGUGGACCCGCUUCCUCGACGUCGUCGAGCCCCAGCUCGCGGCCGCCGGCAUCCGCUUCGCCCGCAUCGACGGCACCAUGUCGGCGCUCGCGCGCGACGCGGCCCUCGAGGCCCUCGACUCGGACCCGCAGUGCACCGUCCUGCUGGCGUCGCUGGCCGUCUGCAGCGUCGGCCUCAACCUCGUCGCGGCGAGCCAGGUCGUCUUGGCCGACAGCUGGUGGGCGCCGGCGAUCGAGGACCAGGCCGUCGACCGUGUGCACAGGCUCGGCCAGAAGCGCGAGACGACGGUGUUCAGGCUGGUGGUCGAGGGCACGGUCGAGGAGAACGUGCUGAGGAUCCAGGAGGAUAAGAGGAGGCUGAUGCAGUUGGCUUUCUCGGAGAAGGCCAAGGAGAAGAAGAAGGAUAGGGGUGCGAGAGUGGCGGACUUGGAGAGAUUGUUGGGUGCAGGCUCCGGAUGA